AUGGAAUUAUAUCUCUCAAAAUCUAUCCCAUCCUGUGGAGAAACCAUUGGCGCUCUCUACAUCGGUGCUACUAUUGCUGCAGUUUUAUUUGGAAUAACGAAUCUACAAGCCCUCAUAUACUAUAAGAAAUACCGCAACGAUUGGUGGCUCUAUCGAUGUUCCGUAGCGCUACUCUGGUCUGUUCAUCCUAUUCACGGGUUCCUCGACGCUCUUCACGUCGCUUUGAGCACUCACGCGCUAUAUUACUAUCUUAUUGAAAUGUAUGGGAAUUUGAUUGGUUCCCUCGAAAGUAAUACAUGCCGGUUAUUCCUCCAAGGCGCUGGUAUCAUCAUCUAUUCCAUUUUCGUGACAUCAAAAUUCUGGACUAUCUCUAAUAUCAAGAUCUCAAUUUACACCUUCUUUGCGACGGUCAUCGCAACGGAUCUUGCCAUAGCUCUUAUUAUGUGGUAUUAUCUGUACAAGAGCACAGCAGCUACGGAUUUAUCUACUACGGUGUCUCUCCUUCUCGGUUUACUACGACUUGUCCUUGUGUCAGGGUUAGCUACAUGUACAUGCUCGUUACUUACUCUCAUUUCGUAUGUUGUGUGGCCGAAGACCCUG